UUAAACAUGACAUUUUGAAUGAUAAGUUAGCAACACAAGAAUUUCAAUAAUCAAAAUAAACUUUAUGUUUUAAGCAAUAAACAAACAUGGUGUUUAAAAAAGAUAGAUAUCUCUGUACCACUGUAUUUGUUGCUAACGUUUCUAUUAUUUUGGUCUGCAUAAAUCUGAUCUUUUUAAUAAUUGUUAUUAGCUUGAAUACAUGGUAUAAGCGUGUUAACGAUGUAAGCAUUAAAUUUUGGUAUGGUGGACUCUGGAGUGAAUGCAUGGGAGAAUCAGAGAGAACCUUUUGCAGCCCACUUACAAAUAUACCAAGAUGGCUUUUAGUUUCACAAGUGCUGUGUUUGAUAUCUUUGAUCAGUCUUUUUACGAAUAUUGUUUACAUAAUGAUAGCUAUGGCAAGAAAAAAAUUAAAAAUCACCAUUUUGAUGUUGUUUACACAUAUUACAACCAUUUCGUUGCUGAUAGCUACACUAAUAUAUAGCUUUGAAGGAUUUUCAUCGAAUACCAAACCAUACUCGACUUACUUUUUGGCGUGGGUAACAAUAUUUUUGCAGUUACUUGCUUCAGUAAUGUGUACCUACUCUUUAUUACGUGUAUCUAAAGAAGAUAAGAAGCAUGCAAUAAUAAAUGGUAUUACCUGUUAAUAUCGUACUUUGUAGUUUACACUGCUUUAAAUUGCUAAGAGUUUAAAAUAGCUAUUAAUACCUGAACCGGCGCAUUGACGCAUCCAUAAACUUUGAAUAUAAUUCAUAACUUUUAACCCAUAAGUAAAAGUUUGUAAAAAUGUAAUGUGUUUAUAAAGUAAUAGGAUUUGUAAUUUAUUUUUAUAUAUCAAUUGAAUUUUAUA